AUGGGUCGCAAGUGAGUUGAGAAUGAAAAGUGUUCAAGGAAGCACACUCGCAGGCUUGCUCACGCCUUCAGCUCAAAUGCAGAACGCAAGGUCACUACGAUGACUUGCUCCUGGACAAGAUCAAGAGCAUGUUCUACCGAACAAGCGAGAGCUCGGACGCUGGCAGUAUCGACUCUCGCGCUGAAGAGCUAUACGCAGUCAGACAUGGCGAGACCUUUUCCGUAGCAGACGUUCUCACCCGCAACAAUCGGCGACGACCGCAUCCCGAAUCGCGCAAAUACACCUUUGAGGACUUUGUAGAAGAUCUCAACGCCGACUCCUCGACCUCGCUUAGCUGGAUGGAUUCUUUCAUCUUUGCUACUGCGCAAGGUGCUCGUGCGCGCGAAGUGGAUCCUAGCAGAGCCUUCGACCCGAUCCCAUCAGCACGACCCACACGUCUCAGGCGCAUCGACAGACCGCGAGAUUCGGCGCCUGAUUUCCCGUCGGAGAGUGCUGCAAUUCCAGCGGAGCGAGAGGAAGAUUCGGUCAGCGAGCUGCUCUUCGGCCUAGAGUCGGACGAGAUAGACGAUCUGCCCGCGCCGAUCAAUCCGACUACGCCAAGCCAGCAAGUCGCUGCUCGAUACAGGCGAAUGCGCGCGGCGCGAGAACCGCGCAAUCAGGUGGCUUUCCCGAGGGCCCGCCCCGCAGAACUCGAAGUAUCAACAUCCUUGACACAGGCGCAUGACGAUGCGCUCCACCCCGAUAGAGGUCUAGCAGCGCGCACAGCGGCCGUUCGAGCGUCCGUAGCUCGCGUAUCAGCGCUGCGCGAUCGUACCUCUCGAGGCGACGGCAGCACCGGAAACAGCUCUGCCAGCGGGGUACCACAGAUCUCAACCACUGCGGCAGAUACGCUAGCCGUCGGAGCAAUCUCAGAAGAUAGUCGAGCGAUUUCGGCAAUGGAUGCUGGCGACAUCCACUUUGUGCAAAGCGUCUUACCAAAUCGCUGGUUCACUGAUCAUGAAUUUCGGCGACGCUGGUUCGCAAUGCCGGGCAGCUCAAUCGGCAGCCUGCUAUGGACGCGCAUAUUCACACUGAGAGCAGAUGCUGCAAGCUCGCUAAAUCGACCUACCGCGAAUCGAUCGCGUCUGCGAUCGCGUUCGGACUACUGCCAAGCACUUUGGGACAGUGCCCGGUUCGUCUUGUUCUGGCCUGCAGAUGCCACUGUGUUGAUUAGGGCUUCUCACUGGGGGGAUUUGGUGUCUCCUAACCAGUUUGUGACCACCGCAUCCUUGGUAUGGUCGAUGGUCAGUCGCGCGAUGACGAUGCUAGACCCUUCGGAGCUCGGUCUCUUGGCAGAGAACGAUCAGCAUGCUCUCCUGGAGGGUUUGAAGGAUUACCUUGCCUUUUUGCGCAUAUUAAAAGAAGGCGCAGAUACGGGUGCCACGGAGUCGAACAUCUUCCAAAGACUCAAGGAAUUCGGCUUGGAGCUUCCAGAAGGCCAUCUCGCAGCUUCCACCGAGCCGCGCGCAAUCGCACCACUCCCUGCUCGGGCUCGUGCAAACGAAGGCCCCACGUUUCACUUUGGCGGCGCUGCCGCAUGA